AUGGAAUAUCGAGGCUAUAUCUAUCAACAGCCUCAUCAUAUUGGGUCGGCCGUAUUUUCAUUAUCUGAUACCGCCAGUGCUUGUAUCUUCAUCUACAGUGGAAUGUAUUAUAAGAAUAUUACCGUCGAAUUUGAAGGCCCGCUGAUCUUAUAUAAAUAUACUGAAGAUGUCAUGAUAUAUAAAUAUAACACAGUGACCAUCGCCUUUAACAUAACCUCCCCGGUCGCCGGCACUCUGGACCUCAGCAGUGUGGUGAAUGUCCGCAGUGGAAACCCCAGCAUGUAUAACAUCGAUAUCAAGAAUACUAUUGGUGAGGGUGCCCAGGCUGUAGCCUUGACGGUGGACGGAGACAGACAGUCUUAUUAUGGCUGUGGGUUUUAUGGUUAUCAGAAUAUAUUAUCAAGGACGGUGGACUACAUAUUUGGCAAGGCUGCAGCCUGGUUCGAGCAAUGCCGGAUCAUAUCUAACGGCGGCGGAGCUAUCACCGCAAAUAACAGAGCAACUGACACAGACACAAGCUGGUAUAUUUUCAAUAACUCUACGUCUAAUAUUGUUUGCAGAGAUACAGCAGUAAUGGGAUACAACCUCACUGGGAACGUCUAUCUCGGUCAACCUUGGGAUAUUAAGACCCGAGUGAUAAUCUUCGAAGAGUAUGAAAACUCAGAAGCAGUAUCCUCGACAGUAGAUCAUCUCUAUAAAACAGUUGCCACCGCAGCGGUCACCAAGGGUCAGCUCUGGCCAAGCGGAUCGCACUGGAUAAACAGCGCCUAUUUAGCUUGA